AUGUACGCCGUCGUGCUCGGCAUGACCGUCGCCAUCAUUACGGUCUUGAUCUGGACCUUCGGCACGCUCUACUGGGGCUCGUUGUACAACCCGCAGGCGCACCUCUACCGCCUCACCGCCGUCGUGGUGAACCGCGACGGCAACGGCGCCAUCGGGCAGGCCGUCAGCAGCGGCCUGCUCGCCCUCAACAGCGCCAGCUCGCCGCACAUGACGUGGAGCGUCGUCGACGGCAGCGCAUACCCGACGCAGGCCGACGUCGACGAGGCCGUGCACUACAAGCUCAGCACCUGGCUCGCCAUCGAGGUCGCCGAGAAUGCCUCGCAGCAGCUCGCGGCCGCGCGCGCCGCCGGCAACGCCAGCUGGGACCCCACCAGCGUCAUCACGGCCACCUACGUGCAGGCGCGCAACCAGGCCACGAUCGACGGCCAGGUGCUGGCCUUCUUCCGGCCCGCCAUCACGCGCAUCAUGGCCGAGCUCAAUGCGCAGCUCGCUGCCGAGUACCUCUCGGCCAACUCGGGCAACGCGGCCGCCAUCGCCGCGCUGGCCGCUGCGCCGCAGACCAUUGGCGCGCCCGUGGGCCUGACGUACCGCAACCUCGCCAUGUACCCGACGGUCGCCAACGCUGCCACGUUCGUCGGCCUCAUCUACCUCUGCAUUCUGGCCUUUAACGUGACCAUGGCCGGUGGAGCGAUCCGCGAUGCCUUUGGCCUCGACCUCAAGCUCAACGCGCGCUCGCAAGUGCUGCUGCGCCUCGGCGGCCCGUUCCUCUGCUACAUCAUCCUCUCGCUCAUGUGGUCGCUGCUCGAGCUGCCGUUCCACCUGCCCUUCGGCGGCAACUUCUCGCACGGCGCCGGCUUCAUGGUCUGGUGGAUGUUCACCCUCCUCGGCAUGGCCGUGCUCGGCUACUGGACCGAAGGCUUCUACGCGCUCGUGGGCGCCAAGUGGGUCGCAUACUCGCUUCUUGUCAUCAUCCUCACGAACGUGUCAGGCGCAAACCUGGCUGUGGAGGCACAGAACGCCUUCUACAAGUUCUCGUACGCCAUGCCGUUCUACGUGACCAAGAACGCCUACCUCAACAUUCUCUUCCACGUCGGCUACCGCGCCGAGCUGGCCAAGUCGUUUGGCAUCUUGGUGGGCUGGCUCAUCCUCUCGCUCGUGACCAUCCCGAUCUGGCUGCGGCUGGAGCGCAAGCGCCUCAUCAAGGCCAAGGCCGCUGGCUCGCCCGGCCCGCCGGCAAAGAAGCAGGACGAGGAGAAGGCCUCGUCGGCGCCGCACGACGUGUCGCACGAGUCGUCGCACGACACGUCCGCAUGA